AAGUUGGAGAAGUAUAAUGGCAAUAUAACUGAAAACUUACACUAAUUGCCACGGCCCAAUUUAGAAAAUAUCAAUGGCUACUGCCACUGGUCUCUGCUUCCUUAGAACUUCUCUGUUUCAAACCUUUUCUUUUACCUCUAAACCGCACUCUGUUACUCUCUUUGACAACAAAGUUCACUCUUUUCAUCUCAGAGCAGCAAAUAUAGAAGGAGGUGAAAUUGAAGGGAAAGAGGAAGUGGGUAUCAGUGAAAAGAAGAGAAUAUUUGUUGCAGGUGCAACUGGGAGCACUGGGAAGAGGAUUGUUGAGCAGCUUUUGGCUAAGGGUUUUGCUGUCAAGGCUGGGGUUCUUGAUAUUGAUAAAGCUAAAUCAACCUUACCGGCUCCAAACUCUGACCUUCAGAUUGUGAAAGCGGAUGUCACAGAGGGAUCAGCAAGGCUAGCCGAUGCCAUUGGCAGUGAUUCAGAUGCAGUAAUAUGUGCUACAGGUUUUCGGCGUUCAUUGGAUUUUCUGGCUCCGUGGAAGGUUGAUAACUUUGGCACAGUGAACCUUGUUGAAGCAUGCCGAACACUUGGUGUUAAUAGAUUCAUCCUUAUUAGCUCCAUUCUGGUCAAUGGGGCUGAAAUGGGCCAGUUGUUUAAUCCAGCAUAUGUAUUUCUCAAUGUUCUUGGACUGACAUUGGUAGCAAAACUCCAAGCUGAACAAUAUAUUCGGAGAUCUGGGAUCAACUACACUAUAGUAAGGCCUGGUGGGCUGAAAAACGAUCCACCUCAAGGAAACAUCGUUAUGGAACAAGAGGAUACCCUAUAUGAAGGCUCAAUAUCUAGAGAUCAGGUAGCUGAAGUAGCAGUUGAGGCAUUACUCCAUCCAGAAUCUCAUUACAAAGUCGUGGAGAUAGUAGCUCGUACUGAUGCCCCUAAACGUUCAUUCGAGGAACUAUUUGGUUCCAUAAAACAGCACUAACUUGUCGAGAUGAUAUUUUCAGUCUAAGUUUAUACACAUUAUUUUAUAAAUAUAGUUACUUGAAGACCCCAAUGUAACAAUUCUAUUGUAACAAAAGAUCCUUCACUUUUCUCA